AUGGUCACGUAUAUUGAGGGCUCUACCACAGGCCCACUGUCUGACGCGAAGCUCCAAAACUCCCGCCUACUGAAAACUACGAACCCAGCAUCAAAGCCGACAAAGAGUGUCUACGGAAAAAGUGCAGUUACGGCGCCGGCAAUCUCGAAGGGCAAUGGCCAAGUUCAGAGGGAGGAAGUAUCGCAAAAAUCAGCUUCUGCCCCAGAAGACGCAGAGUCCCUGAUCAACGCAGUUCGAGAACAGUUAUCCCAGAUAACAAUCGAAGGAAAUUGGUCGCACACUUCAGCUGGGAAUAGAGCGCAUGAGCCUCCGGAAGAAGGAUAUGAUCGCGGCUCUGAUAGCCUUCUACCGGAUAAGGCUAUAACCGAAGAUUCGACAGAGAUAACUUCGAAAAGUCAUCUCCCAGAAAGAACCUCGAAAGGCUCGAACGACUUGAAAGAGGGAGCGGUGAAAGAGGAGCCCACCAAACAGUCUAGAUCUCGGACGGAAAUAAAAAAAGGGGGUGAUGCAAAGUCACAGCAGACAUACGUCAAUGAUAAGGAAAAGACUUCUUAUGUUCAGUCUAUCCUUCGCGAAGGGAUGUCAACUAGGUCGUCCCGUGGAAUCCAAUACUUCGAUAAAUGGGCAAAUCGAGUCGUGGGUCUUUUUGAUGUGAGAAAGAUAGCGGAAGGAUCUUACGGAGAGGUUUACGAACUAUGUGCAAAAGAUGGAGUGUCUAAAGCAAGUCUAUCGACUGGUCGAGCUUCUAAACUACAGGCCUAUAUGAACGGUGUUUUUAAAAUUGUUCCCCUACGUGCACAGCGGGGACCCGGUUCGAAAAAAUUCACUACGGUCGACGAGAUCGUUGCUGAAGUUCAACUACUGAAACUCCUUGAUCCGAUACCUGGAUUUGCACGGUUCAGAGAGAUCCACGUUGUUCAGGGUAGAUUUCCCCCAUCCUACCAGGACGCAUGGAAUAUAUAUAGCCAGACUAAGGACGAUUGUUUCAACCCUGACCCAAGCAAGAAGAAGUCAUAUCCAGAUAACCAGCUAUGGGCAAUAUUGGAAAUGGAGAAUGCAGGGUUUGAGCUUGAAAAAUUCAAGUUUUCCUCUGUUUUCCAGGUUUAUGACGUCUUCUGGGGUGUCGCAUUAGCCCUGGCAAGGGCAGAGCAGUAUGCAUCUUUUGAGCACCGCGACCUACAUCUUGGAAAUGUGUGCGUGAAGCAAACACAACCUCCCCGUGAAACACCACAAAAAAGGAAAUAUAAAAAAGACCAUUCAUUAUCGGCAUGCCUAGGCACAAGUGGGCUGGAGACGACUAUAAUUGAUUACUCCUUAUCUCGAGCCGAGCUUUCAUCAAGUGUGACGCCAGAUACUGGUUUUAUUAGCGGAGCAGUGGCGUGGUCUGAUCUUGAAAGGAAGGAAAUAUUCGAUGCAGUUGGCCGGGAUGAAGAGGAAAAAUUUCUUCGUGAUACGUAUCGACUGAUGAGAUCGGAGGUUUUUGAUGACAGCUGCCCGAGCACGGAACAAUGGAAGAAUUAUAGGCCAAGAACAAAUCUCAUCUGGCUGUCCUUUAUUCUUACAACGCUCAUUAACAAGUGUCACAAUGAGAAAUUAACCCCAACACAACGACAGCCCCUUGGGCUAAGGUCUACGAACAGUAAUAUCAUACCAGGGAAUUUGGAUACCAGGCAGAAAUCUAUGCAGGGCGGUAAGGAGGGAUUAAAGGCGGAGCAAUUAAAGCUAAGUGAGGAUGUCCAGCAAGUACUUUUUGAACGACUGGAAACUGUACAGGACCUUCUCGAGUUGGAAGAUGAAUAUGAGAAUUUAUCUUGCGCUGGAGACCUGGUAGCCAUUGCCAUUGGUUCCCAGUGGCUGGAAGAAUCAGAUUUCUUAUGCUAG